CACACACACACACGACAGAGCAAGAGCGCAAGAGCAGUUCCCAGCUCCUGCUCCCUGAAUCUUUUUUUCGCUUCCCUGAGGACUGGCUUCGAGGAAGGUCUGGCAAGUGAGGCAGUUUGCAACAUUUCUCACAAGGAUGGCGGCGGUCGUGGCUGCAGGCAAACGUCUCAGCGCGAGACGGAUAGGCCUACAUAACUGAAGGCUCAACUCUUGCAUAAGCCUUAACGGAGAUCCACCAUGUUGGGGGAUGCCAUCAUGGUGAUCAAAGGCUUAGCAAAGCUGACCCAAGCUGUGCUGGAGACCCAGCUCCAGUACCUGGGCUUUGGCGGGGAGAUUAUCACAGCAGCCAGGGCCCUGCAGACCACAGCUGAGGAACAGUUUAGCUUGGUCAUGGCAAGAAUGCAGGGUGCAGAUCAGGCUCAGGAGCGCUACUCCGACACCGGGGACGAUCCAGGCUCUGAAUUCCACUUUUCAGGGCCAGAGGCCACGCAGGCUUCAGACUUUUCUGCCUCUGCUCCUCCUCCUUCUCCUCCGUUUCCUGAUCAGUUCCAUAGAGAGGGCCUUGCUCCUGCCUAUGUUUCAAGUGGACCUUUUGGGGAAGCUGGGACUUCAGGCCAGCCUUUUGGUCCUGCCUCUGGAAAAAUCCAAGGGAAACUUUUUGGAGACUUUAGGGACCCAUUUGCUGCCUCCAGCAUGCAGAGAAGGUUUUUCCACCAGGACCAGUCUUCAGUGGGUGGUCUCACUGCCGAGGAUAUCGAGAAAGCCCGGCAGAGCAAGACUCAGCCUGGAAACAAGCCCCACAAACAGAUGUUAAGUGAGCGAGCACGGGAGCGGAAGGUGCCAGUCACGAGGAUCGGGAGGCUGGCUAACUUUGGAGGUCUGGCUGUGGGUCUGGGCUUUGGGGCUCUGGCUGAAGUGGCCAAGAAGAGCCUCCGCUCCGAGAACAGCACAGGAAAGAAGGCCGUGCUGGACUCCAGCCCUUUUCUUUCUGAGGCAAAUGCAGAGAGAAUCGUGAGCACCCUGUGUAAGGUGAGAGGAGCCGCCCUGAAGCUGGGGCAGAUGUUGAGCAUCCAGGAUGAUGCUUUCAUCAACCCCCAGCUGGCCAAGAUCUUUGAUCGGGUGAGACAAAGCGCGGACUUUAUGCCUCUGAAGCAGAUGACGAAAACUCUGAACAAUGACCUGGGCCCCAACUGGAGGGACAAACUGGAGUACUUUGAGGAGCGGCCCUUCGCCGCUGCCUCCAUCGGGCAGGUUCACCUGGCCCGGAUGAAGAACGGCCGAGAGGUGGCCAUGAAGAUCCAGUACCCCGGCGUGGCCCAGAGCAUCAACAGUGACGUAAAUAAUCUGAUGGCCGUCCUCAGCAUGAGCAAUGUGCUCCCUGAAGGCCUGUUCCCAGAACACCUCAUCGACGUGUUGCGGCGGGAGCUGGCCCUCGAAUGCGACUACAAGAGAGAAGCCGCCUGUGCCAAGAAGUUCAAGGAGCUGCUGAAGGAUCACCCAUUCUUCUAUGUGCCGGAGGUCAUCGACGAGCUCUGUAGCCCCCAUGUGCUGACCACAGAGCUGGUGUCCGGCUUUCCCCUGGACCAGGCGGAGGGGCUGAGCCAGGAGAUCAGAAAUGAGAUUUGCUACAACAUCCUGGUUCUGUGUCUGAGGGAACUGUUUGAGUUCCAUGUUAUGCAGACGGACCCCAACUGGUCCAACUUCUUUUAUGAUCCUCAGCAGCACAAGGUGGCCCUCCUUGACUUUGGGGCAACCCGGGAGUACGAUGAGUCGUUCACAGAUGUUUACAUCCAGAUCAUCAGGGCUGCAGCCAACAGGGACCGGGAGACCGUCCUGAAGAAGUCCAUCGAGAUGAAGUUCCUCACUGGCUACGAAGUGAAGGCCAUGGAGGAUGCCCAUCUGGAUGCCAUCCUCAUCCUGGGAGAGGCCUUCGCCUCGGACUCUCCGUUUGACUUCGGGAGCCAGAGCACCACCGAGAAGAUCCAUGGCCUGAUCCCCAUCAUGCUGAAACACCGGCUGGUCCCCCCACCAGAGGAGACUUACUCCCUGCACAGGAAGAUGGGGGGCUCCUUCCUGAUCUGCUCCAAGCUGAAGGCCUGCUUCCCCUGCAAAGCCAUGUUCGAGGAGACCUACAGCGACUACUGCAGGAGGAAGGCCGAGAAGCAGUAAUGGCCGCGCCUCCCCCGGUGGCCGCUUCAUCGAGCAAAGAACGAGAUCCUGUGUGUCCGGCCGUCCCCUGGCAGGGGGCAGCGAGGGGCUGCUACUGACCUACCCGUCCCCUUCCGCUUACCCAGGAGGGCCUUUUCUUGUAGGAAGUUGGGAGCGUGCUGAGCGGUGAGGAGGCGGCUGCCGGGGGUCCUCCCUGGCCCUGACAGGGUGACUCUACCGUGACUGGGAGGGUUGGAGGAGAAAGAAAACUGAACCGUGACAAAUCUCUGAGACCUGCUUACUGUUUAUUCAUUUUGUGAAAUAGCUUUGGACAAAGAAAGACGGGGGAUGUGAUUGGGUUUUCCUUUUCUUUAGCGGGGUUUUUCCUAAGGUGGAUGUUGCCUGUAGAAGUCCCCUCCUCACAUAGGCAGGAGAGAAAGCCGCCUAGGCCUCUGCAGAGUUUGUAGUGUAAGAUCGGGGGCUGCGUGUGUGGCUACAAAACGCUCUCCGGGUUCCUGACUUGUGUUUCCCUGCGGCUGGAGCUGGGGAGGAAGCGCCCAAAAAGCUACUGAAAUGAAUUCUCUGCCUUCCAGCAAGCUGUUCCUCUUAGGAGUUUCUCGCCAGCUGGUUCAGGGGCUGUGCGAGGGGCCAGGAGCUUCCUCCCCUUCUGAUCUCACCCAGGCCGAGUAAGUCUUUGCCGAAAUGAGCAGGAGAGAAAGUGACCAUCAGAUGCACAGAUUGACCUAAUGGGAAUAACCACCAGUGUGUGUUAGUUUUUGUACUUUCUUGUACUGUCCCACUUACGCAUCUCAAUAAAAUCUGAUUGUGGA